CUCGCGAUAGCCUAUUCCAGGAUUGGAGCGCUGUUCGCGAACUGAUGCUGACAGCCGCUCGAUCGAUGCAAAGGUUACAUUUUGUCCUAGCAUGCUACUUCAAGACGCAUACGCACUGCAGAGCUUGCUGAAAUAUAAGUGUUUACAAAAAAUGGUAAAAAUUAGAUUGAUUUCCGUGGCUAUGUAGCAGUUGCCUGAUGGUGGAUGCACUUUUGGGAUUUCGGAUUUGCACGGACGCCCGUGUGUCUGCUCUCUCACUAGUAAAGUGGCUUCAUGAGUGUCCAAAGUAACAGUGGAAGUGGUGGUGGAAGUUUGGAGGCGACGCCAUCUUGGUCGCAGCUAUCCUCGUCCCUAACGAUUUCUCAACAACACAUAACGGCCACCACCAAGACCAAGGAAGGCCCCAUGGAGGAGCUGCACAGCCUGGACCCUCGCAGGCAGGAGCUUCUGGAGGCCAGGUUCAUGGGUGCGGUCAGCGGCAACACCGUAGGAAGCAGCGCCAGCGGCGGGGCCAAGGGUCUGGCCAACGAGUGCUCCAACCACAGCUAUGGCAGUCUCGGCUCUUCCAGCGACAAAGAGUCAGAGAACUCUGAUAUGAAGAGGGGGAGUUCUCCUGCAUAUUCUACCCCUGAGAAGAAGCACUCUGAGUCGCCCAGAGGAAGGAAGAGGAAAGCUGACAUCCAAUCGGAGAACAGCCAGGGGAAGACUUCCACACGGGGGCCCAAGAUCAGUGACUACUUUGAUUUCCAGGGGGGGAGUGGCUCCAGUCCGGUGAGGGCUUUACCCCAGUUCCUCCGCUCACCACAGAACUCCCACCAAGGUGCUCACUCUGCACCUGGCUCUAACAUCAGACAAAACAGCUCCUCUCCUACCAGUCUGUGUUUCGGAGAUCACCUGAUGAACCACAAAGCCUCCUCCAGCAAGUGUGUUCAGACAGAGUUGACAGGUCUGAAACUGGCUGCUCUGGAGAGCAACAAGAGUCUGGACCUGGAGAAGAAAGAGGGACGCAUAGAUGACCUGCUUAGGGCCAACUGUGACCUGAGGAGACAGAUUGAUGAACAGCAGAAACUCCUGGAGAAAUACAAGGAGAGACUGAACAAAUGCAUCACAAUGAGCAAGAAACUACUCAUAGAGAAGAGCACCCAGGAGAAGCAGUCGUGCAGAGAGAAGAGCAUGCAGGACCGUCUCAGACUGGGUCACUUCACCACUGUACGACAUGGAGCCUCCUACACUGAACAGUGGACCGACGGAUACGCAUUCCAGAACCUUGUCAAGCAGCAGGAGGGUAUCAACCAGCAGAGAGAGGAGAUCGAGCGUCAGAGGAAGCUGCUAGCCAAAAGGAAGCCUCCCAACCCCUCCUCCUCCCCCUCCCUCUCCUUAGGAACCACCUCCGAACCCAAACAGCGCAAAGCCAAGGUUGUAAACGGCAAUGACCCCGACCCCUUCCUCAAACCCUCCCUGCCUCAGAUGUUGACUCUGGCUGAGUAUCAUGAGCAGGAGGAGAUCUUCAAGCUUCGCCUGGGACACCUGAAGAAGGAGGAGGCUGAGAUCCAGGCAGAGCUGGAGAGGUUGGAGAGGGUGAGGAACCUCCACAUCCGAGAGCUGAAGAGGAUCAACAAUGAGGACAGCUCAUCGUUUAAAGACCACCCCACUCUGAAUGAGAGGUACCUGCUGCUGUAUCUGCUAGGCAGAGGAGGCUUCAGUGAAGUCUAUAAGGCCUUUGACCUGUUUGAGCAGCGCUACGCAGCCGUUAAAAUCCACCAACUCAACAAGAACUGGAGAGAGGAGAAGAAGGAGAACUACCACAAGCAUGCCUGUAGAGAAUACCGGAUACACAAACAGCUGGACCAUCCCAGAAUAGUCAAACUCUACGACUACUUCUCCCUGGAUACAGACACGUUCUGUACGGUUCUAGAGUUCUGUGAGGGGAACGACUUGGACUUCUAUCUGAAACAGAACAAGCUGAUGUCAGAGAAGGAGGCGCGGUCUAUCGUCAUGCAGAUAGUCAAUGCCCUGCGAUACCUCAAUGAGAUCAAACCCCCCAUCAUACACUACGACCUCAAACCAGGUAAUAUCUUGCUGGUGGAUGGGACUGCAUGUGGAGAGAUAAAGAUCACAGACUUUGGGCUGUCUAAGAUCAUGGAUGAUGACAACUAUGGUGUGGACGGCAUGGACCUCACCUCACAGGGAGCUGGCACAUACUGGUACCUUCCCCCAGAGUGUUUUGUAGUAGGCAAGGAGCCUCCUAAGAUCUCUAACAAAGUGGACGUCUGGUCGGUCGGGGUCAUCUUCUUCCAGUGCCUCUAUGGACGGAAGCCAUUUGGCCAUAACCAGUCUCAGCAGGACAUCCUUCAGGAGAACACCAUCCUCAAAGCCACCGAGGUCCAGUUCCCUGCCAAGCCCCAGGCCAGCACAGAGGCCAAGGCGUUUAUCCGGCGCUGUCUGGCCUACCGUAAGGAGGCUCGUUUCGACGUUCACCAGCUGGGCACUGACACGUACCUCCUCCCUCACAUGAGACGCACCAACUCCUCAGGCUCCCUUCAGCCCGCCUCCUCCUCAAUCUCCUCCUACUGAAUGGCUGAUGGACAUGACUGACAGACCCACCGGUCAAUCCUAUAGCAGAACUGAUCCUAAUAUGGGAAAUGGAGUGGUGUUGGGUAUUCAGAAUCCCCCAGCCGCAGUGAAAGAGACGUGAAUUUGUUUGGCUGAAUAGAAUGGAAGAUACGUGAGAUGGGGAAAGAGAAAGACAGAGUGGAGGUGGAGACACUGCUAAUGUUUCCAAGUAGCUUUGCCGAAACGUUGCACUGUGUUCUGAUCCUGAAGGUAUACCUGCUUUACAGAGAGAGAGAGAGAGGAAGGAAGAGAAUCUCUACCCCUUGUGCAUGCCAUUGGACAUGCUGUGUCUGUUGCCAUGGGGACUUAAGUGGGGCUAGGCCACACCCCUUGCUAAUGUUGAACUGGGCUCUUAUUGGUGGAGAGGUAAACUGUAAACAAAAAGCAACACGUUUAGUUGUUUAUUAUUUAUCAGAAGUCCAUUCCUAAAUAGUCCACUAGCUUCUACUAUAGAAGGCACUUCCUGUAGAUCUGAAGGGAUUGGAUAGGCAUUAAACUAUCUCCACCUUGUGCCUGGAUAGGCCAAGUGGAAUGUUCUCCAUAUUGCUUAGACCUCUGCAGUCAGUUCAGAUCUACACCAGUAUGUUGGUGCUAGAGGUCGAUUUCGGAUGUGGCCAGAAUAGAUCAGUUGGUUUGCCAGACUCACAGUAAACCUUGGACUAAAUUGCACUUAUAAUCAAGAUGAUUUGGUUUCAUGGACAUGACUUCUUGAAAUAGUCCUGGACUAAGGCUACGUUUCAGUCCCAGACUGUCGGACAGAAGCUCAUAUUUAAUAUGUUCAUAAAGUCACGUUUUUAGAUCUUGAAUCAAGAAUGAAAUCUACUCCUGGAUUAAUAUAAUCUGGCUGUGUGAAAGAAGUUGGUUUUAGGCAGUUUAGGUCCUCCGUGGAUCCAUCCCUCUACAAUGUGCUGAGUGCUAGGCCUGUUCAGGCAAUGACGUCUGUUUAGCAGAACACAAUGAAACCAUAUAAGGAUCAGCUUUAUUGUAAAGAUUAAGGUUUCAAUACUCAAAUCUGGAGGAAAUUCAAUGUACAUUUCAUGUGUAGGAGUGGCAUAUCUGCAAUCUGUCUGUACAGGGGGUCAAACACUCAAUGUACUGAACUCUCACUAGGCAGUGCCCCGUCUGCACCUGUUCUCAAAUGAAUAAAAGACAAAACGCCUAGAAACAGAAUUCUCUUAUUUCCCACUUUGCUUUGAAAUUGUACCCUUCCCUUACUCUGUUUUAUUGUCUAUUUUACCUUCACGUUUUAUAUUGUAGAUGGGAAAUAACAGGUGAAACGUUGAGCACAUGCAAAGCUUUAGCAAGUCCAACUCUUGGUUCCUCAUGUCUCCUUGUUCAUCUGUGCUACGAAAUUAUUUUUUUAUUUUGCUGCUAUGUAGAUGUGGCUUUUAGUUAAGAUCUAUCUGUAUGAGCUACCUCAGGUACAGAUAGUGCAGACCCGUGCGAACAGGAACACUCUAGGGCCCUGAAGUGUAUAGCCUACUCUUUAGUGGCCCUUUGAAGUGUACACGCCACUGUGGUGAGAAGAAUAUUGCUUCUGUAUGCCAGGAGUUCCAAUAACGUCAAACUGUUUUACCACAGCAAUGUUUAUUAGUAGUCUGGAAACCAUGUGUUAUAUAUAAAGUUGUAUAAAACUGUUCGUGACAUAUAUGAAGGAAAAGCGCAGUUUGAUGAAGGCUUUCUUCUGUUCACUAACACUUUACUUGAAGUCUGUCAUAAGGCCUGCGUAACACUGACAUAACAGGUGUCAUAAGGAGUUAUUACAGCAUAUUGGUAGUGUACCGAAUGUAAGUGUUUAUAUUGGAAGACUGUGGAGCGUUAAGCAGACCAUAAAGCAGGAGCCACAGCAGUUGAACACCGUGUAAACUGGUUUCACCACUGUCUGAUACAUACAGAUACGAGAAUGAAUGGGAGGCAAUGUCAGGUCCUGUCAUUCAUAUGCAAUAAAGAUUGCCCUACCAAGGUC